AAGCCGCGUGAGUUAUUAUGGCUAUUAUUUUAGCCGUGUCUUUUCACAGUUUAUUUUAUGGCGAUAAUAACUGUUAAAGUAAACUGAUAUAAAUCGGAUGAAUAAUGAGCAGGAGUGUCUGCGGGAGGAGGAGGCGCCGCGCGCGCCUGUGAGGAGCAGAGCGCGAAAAUGAGAGGAGAGAGCUUCACAUCUUUAUUCUGUUUCUCCAUUAAUAUGAAUUAAUUUUCUGUUGUUUCGUUGUAGGACUGUCGAGAUGCGUGUGAAGCUCCUUCUGAAUGACAGUGUUAGGUGCCCAGAGGAGCUUCAUUAUGUCUCUUCUCAAUGUGACUGCAGACGGUGUCUCCAGUGCUUCCCCAACCCUGGAUUCAUCUCCGUCUCUUUCCUCGUUUCUCCCGCAGACGAACUGCUCGGUGUCUCCGUCUCCCUCGUCUCCGCCGUAUAACUUCUACGCCGUGUUGCUGGUGUUGCUGAUUUUUUGCGUGGUGUUUGGUAAUGUGUUGGUGUGUGUGGCUGUGUCCCGAGAGAAAGCGCUGCAGACCACCACCAAUUACCUGAUCGUGUCUCUGGCCGUGUCCGACCUGCUCCUGGCCACGCUGGUGAUGCCCUGGGCCGUCUAUCUGGAGGUUGUGGGUGAAUGGAGGUUCAGUCGGAUCCACUGUGAUAUUCUGCUCACGCUGGAUGUCAUGAUGUGCACCGCCAGCAUCCUCAACCUGUGUGCCAUCAGCAUCGACAGGUACACGGCCGUGGCCAUGCCGCUACUCUACAACACACGCUACAGCUCCAGAAGACGCGUGGCUCUGAUGAUCGCCGUCGUCUGGUUCCUGUCCUUCGCCAUCUCCUGCCCGCUGCUGUUCGGACUCAACAACACAGCCAGUCAGGAAGGGAGAGACUGCAGUUUUGCCGACCCUGCUUUCGUGGUUUACUCGUCUGUCGCUUCCUUUUACGUGCCCUUCAUCGUGACCCUGCUGGUGUAUGUGCAGAUCUGCGUGGUGCUGCGCAGACGAGGCAGACGCACCGCACCUUCACGCAGACACGGCCUCCAUCCAGAGCCCAGAGAUGCACAGAGAUCCCGCAAGAAUAAAUGCACUCAUCCUGAAGAUGUGAAGUUGUGCACUUUAAUAGUGAAGCCUCCUCCAGCUGCUCCACAACACAAGAGAGUGACGCUGGUGAAGGAGGCUGUGGUUCAUCCUCUGGACGUGGAGCCCGUGUGUUUUCUGAGUCCGGACAGAGGUCAGCAGCAGCAGUCGGUGUCGGUGGCUCCUAGUCCAGCGCUCUUGGGCCCCGGCCCUCGCAGGGCCACGGCGCAGGAGAACACACACACACGCCACGGAUGGAGGGACAGAAACACAGACCGAGAGAAAGGAGCGGCGGUGAAGGAGAGAGAGAGAGGAAGACUGUCGCAGCAGAAGGAGAGGAAGGCCACACAGAUGCUGGCCAUCGUUUUAGGCGUCUUCAUCAUCUGCUGGCUCCCUUUCUUCCUGACGCACGUUCUGAAGGCUCACUGCGGCAGCUGCUGCAUCUCUCCGUCGCUCUACAGCGCCGUCACGUGGCUGGGUUACCUCAACAGCGCCGUCAACCCCGUCAUCUACACCACCUUCAACAUCGAGUUCCGCAAGGCCUUUAUUAAAAUCCUGCACUGCUGACAGACGGCAGGGGAUUCUCUGAACAAAAGAAGCUCCAGACGUUUGUCAAGAUAACCCUGAUCAGAGACGAGUCGUUUGAAAAGGCUUUGUUUGUGGGACUGAUUGUCUGAAACAGGUGUUACAGUGCCGUGACAUUAAUGUGUUUUAAAGGAAUAGCUCAUCCAGAAAUGAACAUUUUGUCAUCAUUUGCUCCGCUCAUGUCCAAACCCGUAUUAUUAUUAUUUUGUGUGUGAAACACAGUGGGGACACGCUGACAACCUGAUGUUUCUAAGCGAACACGAUUAUAAAUAUGUGGACAUUCUGACUUACUUUCUUGAAAUUCCUAGUUUGAAUGUCGCAGUUCUGA